CCAAAAAUGCAGUCUGUGGUCAAACAAAACCUCCACUCGGAGACCGAAGGAGACAUCAACAAGCUCAUCAACCUGAAGCUCAAUGCAUCCUACACCUACCUUUCUCUGGGGAUGUACUUUGACAGAGAUGAUGUGGCCCUGCCAAGUUUCUCCAGCUUUUUCUUGGAGCGCUCGGUAAAAGAGAGGGAACAGGCUGAGAAGCUGCUGGAAUAUCAAAACAUGAGAGGAGGACGGAUUCUGCUUCAAAAUAUUGCUAAACCAAGUAGAGAGGAUUGGAGAGGUGGUCUGGAUGCCAUGACUUUUUCUCUGGACUACCAGAAGACCCUGAACACAUGUAUCCUUGAUGUGCACCGCAGAGCUGGAAACAACACUGACCCUCACCUGGGUGACUUCCUUGAGCAGCACUUCCUCAUCGACAGCCAUGAUACCAUCAAGAAUCUUGGCGAUUACAUAGGCAGUCUCACCCGUCUGACUUCGUCUGAGACACACGGCUCUAUGGGAGAAUACCUCUUUGAUAAACACACUCUUUAAAAGGUCACAGCAGCACCGUGACAUAAGCUCCACAUUUCAAACGCUAAAGAGAGUCAGGAGGGCAACGACCCUGUGUGCAUUUUUACUCCGUUAAGAAAAAGUUUACCCUAAAUGUCAAUCUUGUAGCCGCAGCACAAGAGAAGUUCUCAGUAAAAUAACAGGAAAUACCUCAAUUUUGAUUGCAAACCAUGUUGCAAAAAUAAUAUUCUCAAUCAGUGGUGCUAAGACUACCAUGUUAAGCUGUUGAAAUGGGUCAUUUGUUCAUUUGGAAAAACUUGUAUCCCGUGUCAUACAUUCCAGUCUGGCUGAGGUUUUAACCUCCACAAACAUUUGUAAAUGCAUACUUUAUUAAUCCAACAGAAUUCUUUAAAAAGGGACUAUCAUUGAAUAAAUCAGAUCUUGUUGA